CUCUUUGAAGCGGGAAACUGUUGGCAGCUUCAGUUUUCUCUUCUCUUUCUCUCUACAAGCAAAGCCAUGGCUUCUGCAAACCCAGUCCAGUCCCUUCUCAAUGAGCUCGCUUGCUCCCUCUGCCUGAAGGACUUCAUGGACCCAGUGAUGCUCAUCGGAUGCGGGCAUAACUUCUGCAACGCUUGCAUCACCAAGCACUGGAAAGGCUCCCUUAAGAACGUCUGCUGCCCUCAGUGCAAGAAGGGUUUCUUGAAGGCCAAGCUGCAGCAAAACGGGCCGCUGAAGAACAUGGUGGAGGCAAGUCGGCAGAUCACCUGGGGAAGCCUGAAAGAGUCAGCCACGUCCGAGAGCACAUGCCCUUCGCACAAGGAGCCUCUGACACUUUUCUGCCAAGAGGACAGCAUCCUGAUCUGUGCAAAGUGUGAGGUUCAGCAUCAGGACCACACCAUCCUGCCCGUACAGAAGGCUAUUGACGAGCGAAAGGAGCAAAUUCUGAGCAAGCUGAAGCAACAACAAGCUUCGGUGGAAAGGUUCAAAGAAGCUCUUGCAUGUGGUGCCAAGGAACUGCUGGAUCAGGCAAGCCUUGCACACCAGGCGUUAGUGACUGAGGUCGAAAACUUCUGCCAGUCUUUGAAGGAUCAGGUGCAGUUCCUGGUGCUCUACCUGGAAGAGCUGAAAAGCACAAUCUUAAAGAAGAAGAAGGAAGACGACAGCAAAUAUACCAGGGAUGUGACUCAGCUCAAUGUCUUGACCAGUGCUGUAGAGAAGAUGUGUUCUCAGCUAGGGGUUGAGCUCCUGAAAGGACCAUCCCAAGUCAAUGUCUUGAUCAGUGAGGCAGAGAAGAUUCAUCGUCACCGAUCGGAUGAAUUUUGCAAGGUGAGAAUGUUAUAAAAAAUGCAAGCUCCU